UUACAUUCAAUUUUAUUUAUUUCUAUUAUAAUCUGCAACAUCAAAUUUUAACGUACAAUGUUAAUUUGUACAAUCCAAAUUAUUCGUCUGGCACCACUGAUUCAGCAGUCGCCGUUCUGGGCUGGGAACGUCAAUACUCAAUAUAAUAUACCUAUACAUACAUACAAUUUACUAACACUACGGCCACGGUCAUCACACACAAUCACACGGGAGGUAGACAUACACACACACAGACACGGAGUUUUCGUGCUGCAGCAGUUACUUAAUUCAUGGUCACCACUCAACAGUAGUGCGUUACGUUCUAUUGUCACCUAUUAGUCGCGUCCCAUAUUCUUCGAUCUUAAAUACUAUUAAUGUUAUUGUUUGAGCCGCCGUCCAAUUAAUCCGUAAAUCCGAUCAGCAGUCGUGAAUCGUGCACAACGGUAAGUCGAUUCGUCGUUUCCGUAGUACUACAUGUUAUUAUUAUAUUUUUAAGUCUUAUUUAAGAACGACGUUAAUAUUUUUAUUUACCUGUUUCGUCGGGAGGUCGGGAUGCUGCCGCCAUCCGGGAAACCCUCCUAUACUCGUAUAAAACGCAGUGACCUUCCUCUCCCAGUACAUUUCGGUUUCUGUUCAUUAGUCAUUACAUUAGUGUUCUUAUGAAAUUAUUAAAAUUAUUUUAUUUUAACGUAAAUUACAUAUUUUAAAUAUUUCGCUUUAUGGGGGCCCGAGCAGGUCGAUAGUAAAUAAUAUCGUUUUAUUAUGAAGGCCGAAGGGUGUUCGCCGUUUGGACCGAACGUAUUACGCAUAUUGCCCUCCCCUCCCCCUCCUCCUAGGAGACGAAUCAACUUCGCCACUGAUAAAAUUAACAAUAACAUUGUGUUAUUGUUGUUAUAAUAUUUUUAUUACGAUUUUUUCGACGCCAACCUCGUAAUGGACGGAAAGUAUCAAUCGUAAUAAUUAAUAAUCCUAGAUGGAGAGGAACGGGUGAGGUGCUGCUGUUUAUUACAGACAUCCGCAGGCUAUCCGUGGUCAACGCUAUUCGCUUGAAAUCGUUAGUAGCCGACCGAAAUUGUCUAGAUUCGAUACUCGCAACGUAGUUCUAAAGCUUUUCCGUAAUCGUCGCGUUUUGUUUCGCUAUUUUUUUUUUUUUCUAUAAUUACGGCACCUGUUCUUGGACGGUUUUAAUUUUUGUCACAAAGUGCUUACGUUGUUACUCGCGUAAAAUAAAAUACGACAUAUGGUAAUUUUAAAUUUGUAUUUCACAUAAUAUUGAUGUUUAUUGUUCCGAUGACAGUUUUGUUAUAAUACCUACACAUCUCUCUUUUAUUAUUAUUUUUUAUUUUGCAUUAGUCCAUCAUCUAGAAAGUAUAAUGUCAUUUUAUUACUGUAAAAAUAUCGCGUGCAGUAAUAUAUUAUUUAGUUAAAGUAAAUGUGCCUAAGUAAAGAGUAUAUAAUAUUAUAUUUAGUUUUCAAAAGAAAAGAAAAUUAUAUUUUUUAACAUCAUCACAUUGGUGUGUCCCGUGUGUAUUUGGGGCAGUAAAGUUAACGCCCGAUUUUUAAUUAUUAUAAUUGCUUAUAACAGUAGAAUCCGUUUAUUAUGAUGCCGUUUAUAACAAUAUUUCAGAUAAAACUUCACAGCCAUGUACUUGGUUAGUUUUAUAUCUCACGUGCAGUAAUUUUGGUCAGAUUUAAAGAUAACAGUUACAACGAUAAUUCGGAAAUAACUAUGGUAUUUUAAAAUUAAAAUUGGUUUUUUCAUAAAUUGGAUAACGUUCAUAUAAAUAUGCUAGAAGUAACAAUAACAUCACAAAAUAUUGUUAAUUACCUAUAUUAAAACUGUACUGUUCCAAUUAUAGACAAAGUACUAUAACUGAUUUUCAAAAAAUUUUAAACAAUAAUUAGGUUAACAUAAUAUUAUAUGUAAUAUAAGUAAUUUUUUUUAGUUCAUAAAUAUUGGAUAUGGUUUGUAUAAUAAUACAUUUGUAAUACAAAAAUGUGUUUAAUAAAUCAACUUUUCAAUACAAUUAAUUGGAUUCUACUGUAUAUGUAUUAUUAUACAAUUAAUUUUGACACAUAAUGUAUUAUAUGAGGUGUCCCACAAAGAUGUACCCAUUGUAAUAUCUCUGGAGAUAAUAAAGAUAAUCAAAUUUUGUUUUUUUAUAUUACUCACAGAGAUAAAAACUAAAAAUAUUUAUAUUGAAAUAAAUUUUUUAUGUUUUAAAAAAAAAACUUAAUUUUAUUAUUUUUGGAUUUUAAAGAUAGAAAUUUUAUAGAGUUUAUUCUUUUGAAAAUGUUGAUGCAUUAAUUUUUUAUUUUCAUUAAAUUUAUGAUUUUUAAUAAUUUUUUAAAUUGGAGAAAAGAAGCGUAAAGUCAUUUAGUAAUAUCUAAUAACAAUGACCAAUUCGCGAAUGCGAUGACAGCCUGCUAUAUAAUUAUAGGCACUUUUCUCUGAACUUUAAAAAAUGAUUAAAAAUCACAAAUUUACUGAAAAUAAAAAAUUGAUAUGUUAAAAUUUGUAGAGGAAUACUAAUAAUAAACUAUAAAAUUGUUAUGUUAUCUAGAAAUUUUUUAAAAAUAGUAAAAAAAAAGAGUAAUUCUUUAAGUUUUUUUUAUCAAAACAUAAAAAAUUAAUUGUAAUACAAAGAUUUGUAGACCUUAUCCCAGUGACUAGUGAGGAUUAUUAAAAAAAAGCAUUUAGUUAUCAUUAUUAUCUCCAGAGAUAUUACAAUGGGUAUAUCUUCGUGGGAUACCUUGUAUUUUUAGACUUGCAUAAUAUCAUUUAAAAUUAUAUUUUUCUUCUUUUUAUACACAUACAACAUAAACCUAAUUUGCAUUAUGAAACACCCAUGUAUGUAUGUAUACAUAUAUAUAUAUAUAUUGUAAGGAAAAUCAUUAUUUAUUAGUAUCUAGUUUAAUUAUUUUUUUUUUAUUGGUUGUUUAUUCUUCAAAUUCAGAAUGUAUUUUACAAAUUGAAAUUUGAAUACAAUUGAGACAUUGCACACAAUACUAGUACAUAGCACUAAAUAAUAUUUAAAACAGUUAAAUACCUAAUAACUUAUAAGUAAUAUUUUAUAGUCUACCUAAAAUACAUUUUUAAAAUGUAUAGGUAUCUAUAUAAUAUUAUUAAAGGUACUUUAGUAAUAUAAAUUGAUAAUUAAAUAUUAUAUUAGAUAAAAAAUAAAUGGAAUAUUGUGUGAACAGAUUAUUGGGCGACAAAAAUUGUUUGCUUUAUAUAAUGGCUUAGUACUGAAAGUAAAACGUCAAAAUAAUAAUAUUGGUAGUCUGUAGCACAGUUCAAGGACAAUACCUAAUAGUAUUUAUUAUUUAAAAACAUGUCUCAUAAUAAAAAAAAACUCCUGAGGUAACCUCUAUAGAUAAUAAUAGUUAUUAUUUGUUGCAAUAUGGAAUGGAUGUGAUAAUCAAUUAAUAAAGAAAUAAAAGUAAAGUAAAGUAAAGUAUUAAUAAUACUUUAUGUAUAAAAAAAAAUUUUUUAAAAAAUAUAUUGAUAUAAAGUGUUAAUAAUUUUUAUUUAAGCAACUACUUAAUUUUGGAUUACGCCAUCAUCAGGUAAUGACUAUGUUUAUUUUUAUUUUAAAAUUUAUAUUGUUAAUUUUUUGUUUUAAAUUGUUUGUGUAAACCAUCGUAUAACAUUGUUUAUCGCAAACUGAUUACGGCGUAAACCAAAACUAAGUAGUUGCUUAAAUAAAACUUAUUAACACUUUGUCAAUAUAUUUUUUAAACAAACAUUUUUUAUAUUUAAUUAAAUAAAAGUGUCAACAAAUUUCAAAUAUAUAAUACUAAUACUUUUAUACAUUUAAGAAUUUAAAUCUUAAGUAUUUUAUUGAAAUACAAAUUCUAUUAGUUCUUGGUCAAGGUCUUGGUAAAUAAUGAAAUUGGUUUACAUUAACAUACAGUGAUGUACGCAGGGGAAGGUAAGUGAUUAUAUUAUAUGUAUAUUUGGGUAGAGAAGAAGAUUUUAUGAUUAAUUCAUAAUUAUUAUUUGCUACAUCCCCCUCCCUCUUAUACAAUUUCUGGGCACGCCACUGUCAAUGUGACAUUAUUUACACAGGUACCGAAGAUGUGUUUGUAAUUUAGUAAAUUAAGUUUAAAUAAGUUAAUUACAGGUAUGUAAGUAACUAUAUCUAAUAUUGUCAUAACAAUAUACCAAAUAAAUGCCAAAUGAUAAAGACUGCUGCAAAGUGUAAAUUAAAGUAAAGUAAAGUAAAAAUUUGUUAUAAAUACCAAUUAUUUAAUUAUUGAUUUAUGUAAUAAGAAAAGAAUGUAUCUUUUUAAAUUAAUCACUGUUUUAAAUAAAAAAAAUAAAAAAAGAAGAAAGUUCCCUUAUUGGUUUAUUUUAGUAAUUGCAAAAGACUCUAAUUUUUAUCUAGUCUAUAAUUUCUUUUAUUUUUCUAAUUCAAUCACUGAUUAUUUGUAUUUAAAGUGAGUAGGAAGUUGAAAUAAAAUUGAACUUUUUUAAUAUUUUUGAAAUGGGAGGGUCAUUGUAAACUUUCAUGUUUUUUCCUAAUUAUUAAGAGAACUACUUGACAAAUCAAAAAUAUGACCUCAUUAUAUGUACCUACUAAAAAAAAUUUGCUACCAAAAACAACACUUAAAAAUGAUAAUAAAAGCAAGGUUUAUAAUAAAAAGUACUUAAAUGGACAGAAAAAAAAAACAGUAACCAAUUCAUUCCUUGUUUGCUCAGAACUAAAAGCUUCAAGAAGACAGUUACAUAUCUUAGUAUUAUUUAUGAUAAUGGUUUUCAUGUGCAGUGAUUUGCAGAGCUGUAGCUAAUAGUAAACUUAUAUAAUUAAAACUUUUAUAAUAUACUGAUAUUAAUGUUUAUUAUAUAAAUUAAUUAUCUAAACAUUUAUUUUCAGAUGCAAUCUCAACCACCUCCUAGUUCGGCAAUAAAAUUUAUUGAACGUCGUCGUAAAAAUGAAUGGCGCUGCUUGCUUUGUUGUCAUGUGAGGACUGGAACCAUUUUUCUUGGAUUAUGGCAUUUGGUACAAAAUAAAUAAAUAUACAUAAUUAUAGAAUAUUAAAUUAAAGAAAUAUUUUAUUACUUACUAUUUAUGUUUUUUUUUACAGAUGUUACAGCUACUUGCAAUAAGUACAAUGGGAGUGGUUUUACGACAUCCAGAUUUGUUAAAAAUAACAAGAACAUUGCCAGACCCUAAUGAAUUACCUACUGCUUUAGCUGAACGUAACAUGCCAUCUAUUAAUGAUAAUGCUGCUACUAUUGAUGGCUCUACAUUCUCAAACUAUGAACAAGAUGAUGGAAGUGAACCUGAUGAAAGGAAUGGACACUAUUAUACUAGUGCUACGUAUGGAAUGUAUGUCGGGCGUCCAAUACGUUAUGGUAAAAGUAAAUGUAUUCAUUUUAUCUUUAUUGUAAUGUAUUUGUUAAUUUAAUAUAAAUUUUUAUCAGUGUUUAUGACAUUAUUAAAAUCAAAUAUUAAAUUAGUAGAAAGUAAAUUAAAUAAUUGGUUAAUAUUGGGAUUUAAAAUAUGACAUUCUUUAGUUAUACAAACAUAACAUACAUAUAACAUAUAAAAAUUAAAUUGCUCGGAUAGAGCAGUUACAUUUAUUAUAUUAUAUUAAUUUAAUCUUAUAUUGAAAUCAAUCAUUUAAAUAAUUUUAAUUUGUGGUUAAAAUGAAAUGUUUAAAAAUUAUAUUAAUAAUGUGUUUUAUUUUUAUUUUUCAGAGGAAAUCAAUGUUGCUCUAUUUCUGAUAUUUUGCACAUUAACUAUUACUAUUGUCAUGAUUUAUGGUGCUAUUAAGGGAAAACCAAAGUUGUUAAUACCAUUCUUUAGUAUGCAAUUGUUUGAUUUAUUAGUGACUACGUGAGUAAAAUAUUUUAAUAGUAAUUAUUUUUAUAGUUUGAUUCAUUAUUUUAUUUUUUAGAUUGUCAACUUUGGGAUAUCUAUGUUACUUGCCAGAAUUUCAUCGUCUAGUGAUCCGUACCGAAUCCACCCUCUUCCCUGCUGUUUCUUCAAUAGAUUCUCAAUACAUAUCUUUGAUCAUUAUUUUUUGUUUGGUAUUUUCUGUUAUUUCAAAGGUUUGUAUAUUGAAAUUUACAAAUUAUUUUUGUUUCAGUUAUUUCUAGCUAAAAUAAUUGUUACUUAAUAAAUUCAUAGUUAUCUUCUAUUACCUAUAGAUAUAAAAUAAAGUGCCUUACAGUAUUUUUCAUUUUGGACACAUUAAUCUUGAGAACCAUUACAGGUUUGGACAUGGUUUUCAAUAUUAUGAUCUACACUUCUUGGGAAAGGUUUAAUUUGUAUUAAAAAUUGUUCUUUCACAUUUUGGAAUUAAGCAUUAAUGAUUAUAGCAAAUUAAGUCUGGGAGAAUUUUAUUUAUUUAUUUCUGGUUAUUUUGGUGACACAGAUGUUAAAAACAUAUAUUGGAACAUUAUUUUUGAGGAAGUAAAGCGCUUAUUUGAAAACAACUUAUGGUAAAUGUGAUAAUAUUGAGAAUGGGUGAUCAUUACAAUAAUGUUAAAGUGAAAUAGGGAAGAUGGAGGGAGAUGGGUAGGUUUUGGUUGUCUGUGAGUGAGGGGUAGCAGGAGUUUAUAGUUAUGGUGAUGGUAAUGGAUAGAGAAUAUGGACAAUAUCAACAGACAUUUAAUUUAACAUAGGCAAUGUUCAGGUACAGCUACAGUAAAACUUCAAUUAUUUGUCAUUCAAUUUCCGUCCAUCGUCAUAAUAGCAUUGUGGUAAUAAAAUAAUAAUAAUCAAAAUUUAACAUUGUACAUUUGUAUUAUGGGUAUACACGCACUUAUUUUUAUCUAUAAAUAAGUUAUUAUGUCAUGUUUCGUGUACCAUAUCAUCAUUUAUAUUCUGCUAUUAUGCAUUUAUAUAUGUGUUAAAUAUCUUAACAUACAUAUACUUUAUAAACUAUACAAUCUGAAUUUUUUUUUCUUUUAUCCGUCACCCUUUAAGUUCCGUUGUAGACAGGUAAUCGAAGUUUAACUGUAGUUACAAAACAUGUAAAAUAAAUGUAUUUUAAUAAAAUUAUAACUGACAUUGAUUCAAUUUAAAUGCAAUAUUUAAAUUAUUAUUUUAUAACUGUUAAUUAUUUAUUUAUUUAUGCAUGACAGAUUUGGCUUUUUUUUAAGGAACAUUUUAAAUAAUUAUAAAUAAAAGUAAAAGUAAGUAGUGAGUGGCAGUACAAAAGAUAUCUGAGCUAAACCGAGACUUCCCUUAAGAUAUUCGUUAUUUUUCCUUGACAGUUAAACCAAGAUUAUAUGAAAACAUUUUAUUUUAAAAUUUCAUAUUUAUUUUAUUUUAUUUACAUUUAACUGGUUUAAGUUCUUGUAACUAUUCAUACAUAUUGUAUUGUUCAUUGUUCAUUUAUUUCAGGGAUAUUUUGUUGCUGUCGUUUGGAGUUGUUACAGAUAUCUGACUUUAAAACGAGCUUCAGCUCAACCUACUAUUCACUAUAUAGAAUCAAACUUUGUUGUUCAGAACCUGUUACGUCCAGACUACGAUUUUAACAUGAAAAAGUUUCCUCCUCCACCACCUUCUUAUGCUGUUGCUGUCGGUGAAGAUACUGCUGGUCAUUCCGAAGCACCUCCUCCAUCAUACAGUUCUAAUUAAAUAGACCCAUAAUUCAAAAUUAUAUUUAUAGUUUCAUAACAUGUCUUUUUUUUUAAAAAUUACUUUUGAGUAAAAAAUAAAACAUAUAUCAUUAUAACAUUAUUAUAAACUAGUCCCCUUGGAAAGACUGCGGAGGUAAUUUGUUAUGGAACCAUAAAGGUAAGAAACGGUAAAUCAAAUGUUAAAGCCAUCUUAUUAUAUAUAAUCUAAUGUUACUUUUAUUCCUGUUAUUUAAAUUUAAUUGAUUUAUUUAUAUAAUUUUGUAUUUGUGGUGCAAGUGUUAGUUAUCCUUUUUUUUUGUAUUUUACUAUUUUUCUUAUUAUUUUGAAAUAAUUGUAUGAUAGUUUAUAUCCUAUCGUAAUAUCCAUGAAUGAAAAUUGCACUGAUAUUUGCCAAAUUGAUUGAAUUUAUUUAAAGUUCCUUGUUACUUUGUUUUACAACCCCUUUUUACUGUUUGAACCAAUCAAUUUUUGACAAAAUAUGUGUAUAGUGAAAAAAAAUAUUCCAGUGUUCUAAUAUUAAAAUAUUAUAAAUUAUGUAUCUUUUCAUAAAAUAAAAAUUAGGAAUGAUUGCUUAAUGAAUAGGGGAAAUAUUUGGUGUCAAGUAUAAUUUUUUUUUUAAAUUUAAAAAAUAAAAAAAGCAUUAGUAAAGAAGUGUAAUGUAAUAUUUUAUUUUAAAUAUGAAUAAAAAUUAUAUUACACUGAUUAUAUUUAUUACAGUAUUAUAAGUACUACAUUUACAACUACUAUUGUUUAUUCUUAGUUAAAAUAAAAUAUUAAAAACAUUUAAAUAGAAUUUAAUAGAUUACUGUAAUUGAUAUAAAUUCAUUAAUUGUGGUCAAGAGAUUUAAAUAUUUAAACAUGUAUUUAUUCAAAUACAAUUUAUAAGUAACAGAUUAAAGUAAAUUGGUAAUACAUAAAUUAUUUAGACAACAUUUGUGUGAUCCUUAAUGAGUUGAUAGAAAUAUCCUUUUCUGCUAAUCAAUGAAAAUAAUCUAUCUUAACUUAGGAGUCUGUGGAGGAGUCAAUUGGUCAUUGACCAUCUCAAGGUCAUAUUCUGUUAGUCCACUCAAAGACGAAAAAUACCACUAAAUAUGCAUACUACCCUAUAGAUUAUAAAUAAAUAAGUUUAGGGCAUUAAAAUUUUAAAAAAAACUUGUUAAUAAUCUAGUUGUCAAUAGUAUACUGAUUUAAAAUAAACUGACAUGAAUUAUUAAUAGUCAUAAUUUAUUGUUCCAUUCUAAUAUAUUUUAUUUUAAAUGCAU